AAACGUAAAAAGACGCCAAAGGAAGAUGAUAUGUCCAUUGCUGGGAGCAUCGGUGGAGGUGAACCUGAAAUUGUGCCCAAUUUCCAGGUGGAAAAGAAAUCUAAGAAGAAAUCCUGAACGGGAAAAUGGAAUGUCCACUGUGUUUGAUGGAAAGACCUAAGGACCAGUUUCCCGAUAUAAUGACGUGCCACCACCGAUCAUGUCAAGAGUGCCUUCGUCAGUACUUAAAAAUUGAAAUCACUGAAAGUCGAGUGAACAUCGCAUGUCCAGAGUGUGCGGAACAUUUCCAUCCCAAUGAUAUUCGCAUGGUAGUCAAUGAUAGUACCUUGUAUGGAAAAUAUGAAGAGUUCACAUUACGUAGAUUGUUAGUUACCGACCCUGAUGUAAGAUGGUGCCCAGCGCCAGAUUGUGGGUAUGUUUUGAUAGCCUCAGGCUGUGCAAGCUGUCCUAAAUUACACUGUGAAAGACCAGGAUGUGAAACUGAUUUUUGCUACCAUUGUAAGCAGUUAUGGCAUCCGAAUCAAACGUGUGACAUGGCACGGCAACAACGGUUAUCUAAAAACAGAACUUCUAUGAGUGCUAGACAUAGCAUCACUUCCGGGUUAGGUGAUGACAUCAAACCAUGUCCACGAUGCUCAGCAUUUAUUGUGAAAAUGGAUGAUGGAUCAUGUAAUCACAUGACUUGUGCAGUGUGCGGUGCUGAGUUUUGCUGGCUGUGUAUGAAGGAAAUAUCUGAUUUACAUUACUUGAGCCCAUCUGGAUGUACCUUCUGGGGUAAGAAGCCAUGGAGUCGUAAAAAAAAGAUUUUAUGGCAGUUAGGAACUUUAGUUGGUGCACCCGUUGGAAUAGCCCUAGUUGCUGGCAUAGCCAUCCCUGCUAUGAUUAUAGGUAUUCCUGUGUACGUUGGAAGGAAGACAGGAGAGCUGCCAAAUGUGAUUUACAGUGGAAUCGGUGUACCAAUCAUGUUAGCGUAUGUCUAUGGGGUUGUACCAAUUUCACUCUGCCGCAGCGGUGGAUGCGGAGUGACUACAAGUGAUGGUGGUGGUGUAAGAAUCGAAUUUGAUGACGAGACUGAUGUUACCGUUGGAAUCACUGGAAUAUUUACAGGUGAUGCCAGUGCUGCAGAGGUGAACUCGGCUGUAGUCAACCCCAGUAUUGGCGAGGCUAGUGUGGGUGGUCUAACCGGAGGCCUCAGUGCUAGUGGAAGUCACAUUGAUAGGGCUGGUGUUAUACGUGACAGCGAUGCAGUCAGUGAUAACGCCAGCACCAGAGCCAUUGCUGGUGCUAGUAUUACUGGUAGUCUUUCUGGAAGUGUUGUGGCUGGUCCAUCAGGUAUCGGUCAGAACAGGAUGGAAGCCCACAUUGAUAACAAUCGUAACAGCAUGAGCAGUGAAUGUGCCUCACUUGGUGAUAACACAAGUACAACUACUGGUGCUAGUAGUCAAGGAAACAUUGUGCCUACUCCAUUAGAAGUUAACGUUGAUGUUGUAAGCAAAUCUCGACAUAGCAGUGGGACUAGUAGCGUGCUAGAACCCCAACACCACAAUAUAGAAGAGAAUAAACUACAGGAGGAACGCCAAAACAGUGUGGAAUCUACAGGCAGCAAGGAAACAAGAGUACAUACAAACAGAUUAUUUAAGAAAACUAGUUUCUCAAGAAAAGGAAAUGUAACGAUUAAUGAGCACGUAAUCGAAGGCUCGCUGAGAAAGCCGUGUGGGGACAGUACGUCGAUACGUAGUUUCAGCGAUAGCAGCACAACUGGUAGUAAUUCACUCACGGAGGUUGAAAACGAUCGCCCACAAAGUGCCAUGCAACCUAACAGUAAAUCGAAGAAAAAUAAACUAAAUGCUUCUAAAGAUAAAAAAUAAAUACUUCAAAUUAACACCUGCCUGGAGUAUGCUUAAUGUACCAAUGGAUUUACAUGCCUUCACUUUCACACAAAUUCGAUGCAUGGGUUAUUAGAACAUCGCCGUCCAGUACUGCUUGUAUUGAUUGUUGUAUGAACUGUUGCUACGCGGUGAAUUUGUUGUUCAAGAUGGCGGUGUAUUCGCUUGUAUGUUGUUAACUCUUGAUGGCAGUGAUUGUUUUAAUGUCAUGUUGAGCGGCAUGUUAUAAAAAUAUUACAUCCAAAAUAUGGGCGUUAAUAUUCACCAUCGCUCAAAGAACAUAUUUACCCGUUUGUGUGUUGGGUUUAAUGUUCUUCUUUCUUGGGCACAAAUGUUAAUACAUGUAUAGUGUUGUCAUUUUCAUGAAAGUAAUUCCUUAGAGGAAGUUGGUGAGGAGGAGGGGGCGGGUGAUAUUUGAUUUGAUGGCUGUGCCUGACUGAGCAUGAUUGCUCUUAUUAAUAUUAAUUUUUUUUUGUGAGCUUAUAAAAAAUAUAUAUUUUUGUUGCUUUUGAAGUCUUUUUAGGACAGUUGACUGUUUCAUGUUUGUGGAUAAAGAUACCGGUAUUUAGCAAUUGACAAAGUCCCAUUUAUAAAAUGGCAGCUUCUGUACCCAUGUAUACCUCAGUGAUGAUUUACUGCUGGAGAGUUCCACCAAAUAUAUUUCUUGACCCGGGCAUAUGUGAUUACUGCCAGAGAUUUGAAAUAUAUCUUGCAUGUUGUUUGUAUGCAAAUUUUGUUCACGUGAUUGUGUUCUAUUGGACGCAAAUGACCGUUGUGUGCAUCUUCUUGAUAUUGAAAUUUUGCGAUUUCAGGAUUUUAUGGCAGUUACCAAAACAGGAUUUCACAAAAGUCACUAACACCAACUCACAAAAUCAUAUUACCAAUUAAUACAUGCACUUAAAUCGUUUGAGUCGUCGUGCAACGCAUGUUUGAUAUAGAACCCAUAAUGUACAUAACAUGGUUUGUUUACAUGAAAUUCAAAUGAUCGAAGUACUUCAAUUCAAUUCCUUUGAACAUGUAGAAUAUAACUCGCAGCUUAUUUUGCAAUUCAAUAAAUUUCAAAACCCAGUGAAUGUGCUCAAAAUAUCAAAAACACUGAAAUUAAACACAGCAUACAGUAUUUGUGACAACUCAGAUUGGCACUUAACUUUAGCGGUAAUCACUCAUGCCUGCCAGCCAGCAUCAGAGUAAAACAAAACAUUGUAGUAUUCAACAAUACACAUGAGAUCAAUGCAAUCGUUGACAAACAACAACCCUUAUCAUUAUCCACCCUUGAUUCUAUUUACUACUGAUAACACAAGUGGUGCAGUUUUUUUCGUUUUUUUACAAUAUUUUAGGCAGAAACCAAAGAAAAAAAGUUGUGAGCAGCACCUUUUGAAUCAAUUCAUGAACUGCCCAGCCACACAUCAUUUUUUUUGCCUAACCUGGCAUGUACAACAAUUAAUUUUUCAAUUGCACACACCUAAAAUUAAUUAUGUUGAAAACUAAGACAGCUGGUCACUAUGGUUACCAGAAUUUUGAUAUCUUUCGUUUUUUAUUGACUAUAUUUUUUACAGUUGUAUUGUGCAUCAUUUAAAGGUCCUAUAUAUGUAUCCACAGAACGAAUAUUUGAAAUAUUCUCCACCCAAC